GCAAAUCCUAGAUACACAGGAUUUCCACUUCUUGUUGUUUCGCUCUUCUUGCUGGCUGCGAUUUGUAUACCUCGCCCUGGUUGUCACGUCGAGCUCGCGUGAAGCCCAAAGCCUCGCAACGGCGUUAAUGACGUGAAUACCUCCGAACGACCUCAGCGACUAUGAUUGCUCAUCCAAGCUGUUAACACCUCUCCGAGCUGCAGCAGGCCAUCGACUUCACCAUGGCAUAUCUAGCUCCCAUCCACCGCCCGAGUAGUAUCCGCCAUGCGCUCAAGUUGAAUUUCUUGAGCGCAGCGGAAGAAUGUCUGGUCGUCGCGAAAGCCAACUGCCUCGAGUUCUAUUCCCAAAGCCCCGAUGGGCUGGUCCUCCAGCAUUCGAAAGCCAUCUAUGGCAAAGUCACCAUGCUUCAAAAGCUUCGACAAGCAACCUCAAUAACGGACCAUCUCUUCGUUGGCACAGACAGACAGAUGUACUUUACGUUAUCAUGGGAUCCUACAACGAAACAACUCCAAACCGAGAGGAAAUACGUGAGCGUAGCAGACAAUGCCGCAAGAGAAGCCCAGACAGGAAACCGAUGCCACAUCGACCCCACCGGGCGGUUCAUAAUAAUAGAGGUGUAUGAAGGAAUCAUCAAUGUAGUGCCGUUGGUUCAAAGAGGCAAGAAAAAGAAGGACGCGGAGAUUGCAAACAUGGGAGAGCCGCUUCCAACACGAAUAGAGGAGCUGUUCGUUCGUUCGUCAGCCUUCCUCCACCCUAGAUCACCACGAGAUGACAAGCCGAAACUCGCCCUUUUAUACGAAGACUCAAUGUCCAGAGUAAAAGUGAAGCUUCGGGAGCUUGAAUUUGCGAAUGCACCCGGCACUGGGGACAUGGUCAAGCUUGACGAAAUUCAGGAACUACAGGGAGAGCUGGAACUUGGAGCGAGCCACAUUAUUCCAAUAUCGGGACCCACAUUUGGUCUUUUGAUAUUGGGAGAAACUUCCAUUUCUUAUUACGACGAGACGUUGAACGAAAUACACACCAAACCCCUAGAUGACGCCACCAUAUUCGUAGCCUGGGAGCGUAUUGAUAAUCAGAGAUUCGUCCUAGCAGAUGACUAUGGCAAACUGUACCUGCUAAUGCUGGUCGUGGACGAGAACAAAAACGUUGCGGACUGGAAAAUGGACGUUAUUGGCAAAACCACGCGGGCCUCAGUCCUGGUAUAUUUGGACGGAGGACAGAUUUUCGUUGGCGCUCACCAAGGCGACUCCCAGGUAAUCAGGAUCUCCGAGAAGUCUCUAGAAGUCAUUCAAACAUUUGCGAACAUUGCACCAAUCCUAGACUUUACAGUCAUGGACAUGGGGAACAGGUCAGGCGAAGGCCAAGCCAACGAAUACUCUUCCGGACAAGCACGGAUCGUGACUGGUAGCGGUGCUUAUCAAGACGGAAGCCUUCGCAGCGUGAGAAGCGGGGUGGGCCUUGAAGACCUGGGCCUGCUGGGCGAAAUGAAGAACAUAUUGAAUAUCUUCAGUCUGAAGUCUUCCUCAACCGCCGAAUCCGUGGAUACACUUCUAGUCACAUUCGUAGACGAGUCGAGGGCAUUCUCCUUCGACUCAAAUGGAGAAGUAGAAGAAGUGGACAAUUUCAGAAGCCUGGCUCUGUCUGAAAACACGCUUUUAGCCUGCAACUUACCCCAGGAUCGGAUUCUACAAGUAACUGGAUCACAUGUCCAAGUUUCGGAUCUGGAAGGCGGUAUGAUCAUCGCCGAAUGGUCCCCUCCCAACGGUCAUCCCAUUACUGCUGCCUCUGCAAACGACAAGAGCGUUUUACUUUCUUCUGGAGGCGUACUGCUCUUUGUGCUAGAUGUCACCAAUGGCAUCAGGCCUGCAGCAGGAGAGACUGUUUCAGUGAAGUUCGGAGCCGACACUCAGGUGUCGUGUAUCGCCCUUCCAACCAUAACUCAGAAGCCAAUAGCAUUCCUUGGGUUCUGGCAACAGGCAAGAGUUUCCAUCGUCGAUCUAGUUACCCUCGAACCUAUUCAUACAGUCACUGUGGCGGAAAACUCAGUCCCACGGUCCAUGAUUCUCACGACCAUCUUUCAAGAUCAGCCACCAAUUUUGUUCAUUGCAAUGGCUGACGGAAAUGUCGUCACGUACUCGAUGAACCCGAACACCUAUGAGCUGUCAGGGAAAAAGACUAUCGUUCUAGGAACGCAGGAGGCAAACUUUCGGGCCUUACCACGAGGAGAUGGUACAUUCAACAUCUUCGCUACAUGUGAGCAGCCUAGCUUGAUAUAUGGGUCUGAGAACCGACUGGUAUACUCAGCGGUCACUGCUGAAAAGGCUAUUUCUGUCUGUUCAUUCGACUCGGAAGCCUAUCCUGGUGCAAUUGCAAUCGCAACCUCGGAAGAUCUUAGGAUCGCAGUAGUCGAUGCAGAGCGAACCACACACGUCCAAACACUACACGUUAACGAGACCGUCCGGCGGAUAGCCUACUCGCCAGCUUUGAAAGCGUUCGGCUUGGGAACUAUCAAGCGAAUACUGAAGAACGGAGUCGAGAUAAUGCAGAGCCAUUUCAAGCUCGCUGACGAAGUACUUUUCAAAGAGCUUGAUACGUAUCCCCUCAACGAAGACGAACUGGUAGAGAGCAUUAUGAGGUGUGAGUUAGACGAUGGAAGCGGAGGUCUCGUUGAAAGAUUUGUCAUAGGGACCGCGUAUCUUGAUGAUGAGCAAGACACUUCCCAGCGCGGCCGAAUAAUCGUCUUGGAAGUAACAGCGGAUAUCAAACUCAAAGAAGUCGGGGAGCUGUCCCUCAGGGGUGGAUGCAGGUGUCUAGCUAUGAUUCAAGGCAAGAUUGUCGCGGCGCUCAUCAAGACUGUCGUUAUCUACGCCUUCGAGUACACGACUCCGAGCAAACCCUUUUUCAACAAAGUUGCCAGCUACCGCACUGCAACCGCUCCGAUCGACAUCACCGUCACCGGCAACGCAAUCGUCAUUGCAGACCUCAUGAAGAGCGUUUCCGUAGUCGAAUACAAACGUGGCGAAGCAGGUCUCCCCGACACCUUGACGGAAAUCGCCCGCCACUUCCAGACCACCUGGGGAACGGCCGUCGCCGAAGUCGACGAGAACACGUAUCUCGAGAGCGACGCAGAGGGCAACCUCAUGGUGCUGAAGCGGGACACAAACGCUGUUACUCUUGAUGACAAGCGCAGGCUGCAGGUUACUAGCGAGAUGCUACUUGGGGAGCUGGUGAACAGGAUCCGCCGCAUCAACGUCGCAACGAGUCCAAAUGCGUUUGUAAUUCCCAGGGCUUUUGUCGCAACUGUCGAAGGCUCCAUCUACCUCUUCGCGCUCAUCAACAACCAAUACCAGAACCUCCUCAUUAGCCUGCAGUCCAACCUCGCCGAGCUGAUCCAGAGCCCCGGCGACGUCGAGUUCAACUCCUAUCGCGCGUUCAAGAACCAUGUCCGCGAGUCGAGCGAGCCGGAGCGAUUCGUAGAUGGCGAGCUUAUUGAGCGGUUCUUGGACUGUAGCCCGGAGGUUCAGGAGAAGGUGGUCGAGGGGCUAGGGGACGUAGAGGAGGUUCGAGCGAUGGUUGAAUCGCUGAGGAGGUUGCAUUAGGCGAAGUCGUGAUGCUGUACUGUUUGUGUGUAGACGGGUUGAACAUGAUGGGGUAUGAUUAGAGCGACAGCAUAGUGGGGUGGGUCGUUGGAUCCAGCAGCGAUGCUAAUUUAAGGAAUACAAUGCGUUUGAUCCAGCGCUGACCACUUCCUGGAAGGCCUGUUUCGGCGGUCAUGUUGCAAGUACUUACACUACUAGCUACGCCAUUGGUCUUCUAACCAUAUUGAUGUGGGGCGCGCUUUUGGUGUAUAGUGUAUCAGUUGAAGUAUCGUCCAACCUCUCUACGCAAUUCUGCCUCUUUUAUAAUUUUACCAAUAUUUCUCCCAUUACUCCCAAAUCCAACAACAAAGGGAGCCC